CCUCGAUCGGCUAGAUCUGCUCUUCUCCUCCACCGAUUUAGAAACAAAACCCUCGGUCUCUCAGCUCUCGCCAUGGAGGACUCGGGCCCCACUAACAAUGGAGACGCGUCCCCACUCCCUAACGGAUCCGAUCCGGAUUCCGCGCCGGUGAUCGUUGCAGGAUCAAGCGGCGUCGUAUCAGACAGUGAUCCUUCAGGCGUUAAGUUGGAGGCUAUGAUGGGCGAGGGGAGCCGUACUUUUACGAUGAGGGAGCUUCUAGAUGAAUUGAAAGAGGACCAUAAUGGAUCUGAUGGCAGCAAGAAUGUCGGCGACAGCCCUUCUUUCAGUCAAGAUAGCUCACAACAACAACAUAGAGGCCACCAGGAUACCUCUCUUGAUUUGAUCAACAACAUCAGUGGAGUAGACGAGGAUGGUCGAUCUCGCCAGAGAAUUCUAGCAUUUGCUGCUAAGAGAUAUGCUAAUGCUAUCGAAAGGAAUCCGGACGACCAUGAUGCAUACUAUAACUGGGCAUUGGUGCUUCAGGUGUGGCUCUGCUCCGAGUUCCCUACGGAGGUUUUCUCUUUGGUUUCUGCCAGACAGGCUAUUGGUCCACUUCCUCGGUUGAAUUCCCACGAUAGGAGGACGGUGAGACCCGAAAUCAUCCUGAUAUCCGAUGAUGAAGGGGAAGAGGAUCCCAUUGCUGCAAUUAUGCCUAGCCCAGAAUUUGUCCUCCCGGUCCCUGAAUCCGUGCAGGGCAUCCUCCAAGAAUUAGAGAAAGUCAUGCAACAAACGGCCAGAUUUUAUGAUUUGCUCCCUUUCAUAACAGAUAGUCUUAAAGACAUUCAGCAUCUAGCUGCAAGAGCAACUUGUUACUUGAUUGAUUUUGUUGGAUUUCUAGUUGCACUUCCUUUUGUCAAUUCUGUUAUCGUAUCGUUUUUCGCUUAG